GUUCGACCACAAAGGGUCCAAUGCAGACCGAUCGACCAUCACCGGAUGACGGCUUCCAUGUCGUUCCCAUUCACAGUGACUCGGAUCACCACAAUCACAGUGACUCGGAUCUCCACAUCCACAGUAACUCGGAUCACCAGCGGGAACGGAUCCUUCUAAAUGCGCAGACAAGUGCCUGUUGCAAUAGGGAUCUCAGAAAUCAGCCGCAGGCAAAUGCAGUUGGAGCUGCUGCCCUGAUAUUCCUGUCCGGUGGAAUUCACAUCGCCUGGAGCAUUGGUUUUGACAGUGUGUUUGUAGAACUGGAAGUUACCAACCAUGUUAGGAUCUGCUGGUUUAUAGCAGCCAUUCUUGGGGCCCUGCUGGGAGGAUUUUUCAGUAGAUGGUUUCCUUAUAAAGUACUGAUGGAAUUCUGUUCCCUUCUCACUAUUACUGGUGGAAUAGUGAUGGCUGUGAACGGAUUGGAUCUCGAUGCCCUGCUGGCGGGGAGGUAUUUAAAUGGAUUGGCCAAUGGUCUGGCCAUAGCCCCCACUUUGGCCAUGGCUGGUGAACUGUCGGUCUUCUACAAGAGAGGCACCACCACAUCGGCGGCGGAACAGUGGCCUGUAAUGAUCGGGUUCUUUGUGCAGAUCGUAUGUAGCAAAGGUUGGGACAUUCAGAGUGACUUUACGGAGGAGCAGUUCCAGGGAGUGAUAAGUGCGUUACUAGGUGCCAUAGCUCUGAUCCUGGCCUUCCUGCUGUCCAUCGAAUCUCCGGUGGAUCUGCUGGAACAGGGCGAUGAACAGGGCGCCAUCGAUGCUCUGAGCAGGCUGCAAAUACCGAGAGCUGUGACUGCUGAGACCUACGAUCAGGUGAGGGAUCAUCGCACCUAUUUGGAGCACCAUAAAUCCUUGGGAUGGUGCCACGCCCUCCCCGCCCUCGUUCGACUGACGGUGCUGAGGUGUUUAUAUGCCCUCAGCCUGAGUAUGAUGGUAGCCUUCACAUUAGCCUGGACAGGAACAGCGGUAUAUGGGGAUAGUUCGGGACCCUAUGUGCUUUUCGGCUUCCUGCGACUCAUGGGCAGCUUCUUGAGUGCCUUCGCCAUGGAUUCGCUUGGCAGGAAAAUCCCACUGCUCCUGGGACUCGUAAUCUCGGGUUUGAGCUUUGGACUGGCCAGCAAAUUCACUGGCAGCUCACUGCUGACCCUCUCGGACAGUCGAAUGGCCCUGUGGCUCCUGCUCGUCUACCAACUCUUCGCUGGCUUGGGCUUUGCCCCCAGCUCAUCGUAUCUCUCGGAGGCCUUUCCUCGUCGCCUCAAAAGGCCCUGCAUUGCCGUGUCCUACAUCAUGGAGAUGCUUGUCCAGCUGCUCAUCUGCCAAGGGGAUCUCAGUGCGAUCGGCAGUGACAGCAGCUAUGUGGCCCUCUAUUUCUUCAGCCUUGGGUGUCUACUUCUGGCGGGAUUCCUCUUCUGCGUUUGGUAUAUGCCGGAGACAAAGGACACCACUCUGCUGCAGGCGCAAUUCAAGUUCCAGGAAUUCGUUAUCCCAGCCUGAAAGUAGGCAGCUCGAAAAUAAGACUAGCCAACCCGUAGAUAUAGCUAAAAAAUAAAUCUGACAUCUAUAUUAUAAACCAUGCGUGUUACUUAUCGUUGCUAAAGUGACUGUUCAGAUUUGGUUAUUCGAGUACUUGCUGCACUCUUUUGUGCCGAUCACCAUGGUUAUAAGAUUCAGGGGAUCACCAGGGUAUACAAUUGUUAGAUAAGACCGGCGCGCAAAGAGGUUUAUUUUCAAACGGCAAUUAAGUCGGUUCCCAUACAUCUGCGAUAAGAUUUAUACCUCAUAAAGGUUUGCUGGACUUUAACAUACUUAGAUUACAAAAAAUAUUUUAAAAUAAGAACUGGUUUUUGGUUUAUU